CGUGCGCUGCGGCGGGCUCGGGGCUGCGGCCUGGUCGGCGCUCUGCAGCUCGCCAUUGUUGUGUGUCCGCGGCCAGGGCGGGAGGACGGCGGGCCGGGCGGGGCCGGGAUCGGAUCGCGGUCGGGGUCCGCGGAGGGCUCUCCUGCACCCGGGGACAGCGGCCUCGUAAGCCGAGGCGGGAGACGCGGGACCCCGAGGCCGCCCGGAACCGCAGGCCGAGCGCCGCCCCGGCUCGGGCAAAUCGGGAGCGGUGCCGAGAAAAUUUCCUUACUAGAUGACAUUUCAUCGCAAUGUCCGAUCGUUUGGGGCAAAUAACCCAGGGCAAGGAUGGGAAAAGCAAGUACUCGACUCUCAGCCUGUUUGACAAGUAUAAAGGCAGAUCAGUAGGCACGGCCAGAUCCUCAGUUAUUCCUAGACAUGGCUUACAGAGUCUCGGGAAAGUUGCCACAGCCCGGCGUAUGCCACCGCCUGCAAACCUGCCAAGCCUGAAGUCUGAAAACAAAGGAAACGACCCCAACAUCGUGAUAGUACCCAAGGACGGGACAGGAUGGGCCAACAAGCAGGACCAGCAAGACCCAAAGAGUUCCAGUGUGACAGCCUCUCAGCCGCCGGAGUCGCAGCCGCAGCCGGGUUUGCAGAAAUCUGUCUCCAAUUUGCAGAAACCGACACAGUCAAUCAGUCAGGAGAACACAAAUUCAGUGCCAGGUGGACCAAAGUCAUGGGCACAGCUGAGUGGAAAGCCAGUCGGACACGAAGGUGGUUUAAGGGGCUCAAGCCGACUAUUAUCCUUCUCUCCCGAGGAAUUUCCGACGCUGAAAGCAGCUGGAGGGCAGGACAAGGCUGGCAAAGAAAAGGGCGCCUUAGAUCUGUCGUAUGGGCCAGGACCAAGCCUCCGCCCUCAGAAUGUGACAAGCUGGAGGGAGGGUGGUGGACGAAACAUCAUUUCUGCCACGUCUCUGAACGCCUCCCCAACAGAGCUGGGCAGCAGGAACUCCAGUGCGGGAGAUGGAGCCCCCUCCUCGGCAUGCACCAGCGAUUCUAAGGACCCCUCUCUCCGCCCGGCCCAGCCCAUCCGCAAAGGGGCCUCCCAGUUCAUGGGACAUAUUUACCAGCCUCCCACUUACCACGACAUGCUUCCUGCUUUUAUGUGUUCACCACAGUCCUCAGAGAACCAGGGUACGGUGGAACGAAGCUCCUUUCCCCUCCCUCAUCUCCGCCUAGAACCCCGUGUUCCUUUUAGACAGUUCCAGAUGAACGACCAGGAUGGGAAAGAACGGCCAGGCCUGGCACGCCCCGUGCGCCCACUGAGGCAGCUGGUGGAGCGGGCACCACGGCCCACUAUCAUCAACGCAGAGAACCUGAAGGGCCUGGAUGAUCUGGAUACCGAUGCAGAUGACGGCUGGGCAGGCCUCCAUGAGGAAGUGGACUAUUCCGAGAAACUGAAGUUCAGUGAUGAUGAAGAUGAGGAAGAAGUUGUGAAGGAUGGGAGGUCAAAGUGGAACAGCUGGGACCCAAGGCGGCAGCGGGAGUUGUCUCUGAGCUCUGCAGACAGUGCUGAUGCCAAGCGUACUCAGGAGGAAGGAAAGGACUGGGGAGAAGCAGCGACUGUGUCCCGGGUCGUCCGAAAGGUGCCAGAGCCUCAGCCUCCGUCCAGGAAGCUUCACAACUGGGCUUCUGGCCCUGACUACCAGAAGCCCACAAUGGGCAGCAUGUUCCGUCAGCAGUCCGCUGAGGACAAGGAGGACAAGCCACCCCCACGGCAGAAGUUCAUCCAGUCAGAGAUGUCAGAGGCUGUGGAGCGGGCCCGAAAGCGUAGGGAAGAGGAAGAGCGCCGGGCCCGGGAGGAGAGGCUGGCAGCCUGUGCAGCCAAACUCAAGCAGCUGGACCAGAAGUGCAAGCAGGCCCAGAAGGCCAGUGAGGCCCCAAAGCCACUGGAGAAGGAGGUGCCCCGGUCCCCUAGCAUCGAGAAGGCUUCCCCACAGGAGAAUGGCCCUAUUGUCCGCAAAGGCUCCCCAGAAUUCCCUGUCCAGGAAGCGCCCACCAUGUUCUUAGAGGAGACACCUGCAACACCGCCUGCACUGGCUCAGAGCAGCAGCAGCAGCAGCAGCAGCAGCAGUGAGGAAGAAGUCAGGGAGGCUGAGUCCCCAGCACAAGAGUUCAGCAAGUAUCAGAAGUCCCUUCCUCCUCGUUUCCAGCGGCAGCAGCAGCAGCAGCAGCAGCAGCAACAGCAGCAGCAGGAGCAGCUAUACAAGAUGCAGCACUGGCAGCCGGUGUACCCCCCGCCUUCCCACCCCCAGCGCACCUUCUACCCACACCACCCACAGAUGCUGGGCUUCGACCCACGCUGGAUGAUGAUGCCUUCCUACAUGGACCCACGCAUCACACCCACACGGACACCUGUGGACUUCUACCCCUCAGCUCUGCAUCCUUCAGGACUGAUGAAGCCCAUGAUGCCCCAAGAGUCCCUCAGUGGGACUGGCUGUCGCUCUGAAGAUCAAAACUGUGUGCCCUCACUCCAAGAGAGAAAAGUGACCGCCAUCGACCCAGCUCCUGUGUGGAGCCCAGAGGGCUACAUGGCACUACAGAGCAAAGGCUACUCACUGGCCCACCCGAAGCCUGCCGACACUUUGGCCAUGGACAUGCACGUCAGGAGUGAAAGGUCUUACUCUGCCUCUCCCGGAAGGGCAGAGGCCAUAAGCGCCCAGCGCGGUCUCUUUGAGGAGAGAGGGGACGAGUACUUGAGUGCUUUUGACAAGAAGGCCCAAGCAGACUUUGACAGCUGUAUCUCUUCUCAAAGAAUAGGCCAGGAGCUUUUAUUUCCACCCCAGGAAAAUGUUCAGGAGGUGGGUGCUCCAGGGGGGCGUACCCCAAACCUCAGGUGUUCCCCAUUGGAGCCUGACUUUGUCCCAGCCGAGAAAAAGCCAGAGUAUGGCAGUUGGGAUGUUGGCCACCAGCCAAAGGCUGCAGACACAGCCAACAGUGUCGAGCUGGAGGCACCUCGGGAGGAGCCAUCCUUCCAUGCUUCCUCCUGGGAGAAGGAAGGGAGCCCCAAGAAACAGCCAAACCCAGAGCCCGAAUGGACACCCGAGCCCCGGAGCCAGCACCAAGAGCAGCCGGGCAGGACCCGGAGGUCGGGACCCAUCAAGAAACCCAUCCUCAAGGCCCUGAAGGUAGAAGAAAAGGAGAAGGCACUGGAAAGGGUCAGGCAGGGCCUGGGAGAGGAGAGCUCCCAGCUGGCCGUAGACCAAGAGCCUGUGUGCAGGGCAGAAGAAGACGAGGAUGAGGAGAACAGCCCUGCCCUGGCCAAUGUCUCAUCUUCUGCCGUGGAGGACAAGGCUGCUGCCCGGGCUGGGUUUGCUCAUGAGGCCAGCAAGCUGGAUGAAGAUGCAAAGGUUGAUAAGACCUGGGAAAGCAGGCCCUCGAGGGAGGCCAGCGACGUCCCCCCAACCAAGAGAAACAACUGGAUCUUCAUUGAUGAGGAGCAGGCCUUUGGGGGCCGGGGCCAGGCCCGCGGCCGCGGCCGUGGCUUCAGGGAGUUCACCUUCCGAGGUGGCCGGCCUGCAGGCAGCAACACAAGCGGUCUGUGUGGCACAGGUGUCCUUGGGUCUCGUAGCGUGUACAGUGGUGGCCAGCGCAGUAGCCGGGGCAGGGGCCUUCGUGACUUCCCCCUGCCAGAAGACUGCCCCAGAGCCAAGCCCAGGCGCCGCAUCGCCAGUGAGACCCACAGCGAGGGCUCCGAGUAUGAGGAGCUACCCAAGAGGCGACGUCAGCGGGGCUUGGAGCCUGGCCAUGAUGGCAUGCUCCUUGAAAGGGACGAGGGUCCCCUGAAGAAGGACUCUUGGCGCUCCAACAGGACUUACACAGAGGACCAGGUUGGCUUAGACACCCGCAGCCGGGGACCUCGUACCUGUGGGAGAGCCCUCCCACCUCGCCUAAGCAACUGCAGCUAUGGCCGCCGAACCUUUGUCUCCAAAGAGCCUCCCCACUGGCAGAGCAGGAGCCCAGGCAGUUCCUGGCAGGAAUAUGGCCCCUCUGCCCCAUGUGGCCCACGGCGAACCAAUGACAGAGAUUACAUCCCAGACUCCUACAGACACUCUGACACGCUUGGCAGCAGGGUCUUCGAGGACAGUCGCAUGGAGGACAAGAGGUCCUUUUUCCAAGAUGACCACGGGGCAGAUUCUGAAAAUGCAGAGAACAGGCCCUUCCGUCGGAGGCGGCCACCACGCCAAGACAAGCCCCCUCGCUUCCGGCGCCUCCGUCAAGAGCGGGAGUCCCUGGGCCUGUGGGGACCUGAGGAAGAGUCCCACCUGCUGACAAGUCAAUGGUCAGGCCGGUCCAAACUCUGUCCUGGGGACAGGAGUGGUCCUGGCGGUCACAGGUCCCCAGAGCUUUCCUACCAGAACUCUUCUGAUCACGCCAACGAAGAGUGGGAGACUGCCUCUGAGAGCAGUGACUUCAGCGAGCGCAGGGAGCGGCGAGAAGGCCUUGCAACUGAGCCUGAAGCACAAGGGGAUGGUGGCCUGUCAGGGGCCAGUUUGGGUGAGAAGAAGGAGCUGGCCAAGCGGAGCUUCUCCAGCCAGAGGCCCCUGGCUGACAGACAGAGCCGCAAGCUGGAGCCGGGAGGGUUUGGGGAGAAGCCUGUUAGGCCAGGUGGGGGUGAGACUUCCCCCCGCUGCGAGAGCCAGCAGAGUGGGACGCCUCUGAAAGUCAAAAGGUCUCCAGAAGAGGCCUUGCCUGGAGGCCUUGGUUGCAGUGGUGGCAGCCACUCAUCUUAUGCCUUGGAGCGGACUGCUCAUGCCAGCUCCAACAGUCCUGAAGCCACCAGUAAGAAAGCAGAGAAGGAGGCCGCCUUAGCUGCUCAGAGGGCUAGUGAGCAGCAGGAAGAGGCCCGGAAGCAGUUUGACCUGGGCUAUGGAAAUGCCAUCAUUGACAACUGCGGGUCCAACCCUGGGGAGGAGAGUGAAGUGGGCUCCAUGGUGGGCGAAGGCUUCAUUGAAGUCCUGACUAAGAAGCAGCGCCGCCUGCUGGAAGAGGAGAGAAGAAAGAAGGAACAGGCUGCUCAGGUCCCUGUCAAAGGUCGAGGCCUUUCUUCACGUAUUCCUCCUCGGUUUGCCAAAAAGCAGAACAGCCUGUGUCUGGAGCAAGGCGAUGUGGCCGUGCCUGGCAGCAGCCUGGGCACUGAGAUCUGGGAGAGCGGCAGCCAAGCCCUCCCUGUGCAGGGCGCAGCCAGCGACUCAUGGAGGAAAGCUGUUACUGCCUUCAGCAGCACUGAGCCUGGCACCUCAGAGCAGGCUUUUAAGAGCAGCCAGGGAGAUAGUGGCGUCGACUUGAGUGCUGAGUCUCGGGAAUCCUCUGCGACCUCCUCACAGCGCAGUUCCCCGUAUGGUACACUCAAGCCAGAGGAGAUGAGCGGGCCUGGCCUGACAGAAUCCAAGGCCGACAGCCACAAGGACCAAGCUCAGAAGCAGUCUGAGCACAAGGACUCAGAGCAGGGGUCUGGACAGAGCAAGGAGCACAGACCAGGACCCAUCGGCAAUGAGCGCUCCCUGAAAAACAGAAAGGGCUCGGAGGGGGCCGAGCGGCUGCAAGGGGCUGUCGUCCCGCCUGUUAACGGGGUGGAGGUUCAUGUGGACUCCGUGCUGCCUGUGCCACCCAUUGAGUUUGGAGUCAGCCCAAAAGACUCUGAUUUCAGCCUGCCCCCUGGUUCUGCUUCUGGUCCUGUAGGGAAUCCAGUUGCCAAGCUUCAGGAUGUCUUGGCUAGUAAUGCAGGACUGACGCAGAGUAUCCCCAUCCUUCGGCGGGAUCACCACAUCCAGAGAGCCAUCGGCCUGUCCCCCAUGUCUUUCCCCACGGCAGACCUCACAUUGAAGAUGGAGUCUGCACGCAAGGCUUGGGAAAACUCCCCCAGUUUGCCGGAGCAGAGCUCUCCAGGAGGUGCAGGCUCGGGCAUCCAGCCUCCUUCCUCUGUGGGCGCCUCCAACGGAGUCAGCUACAGCUCCUUUGGUGGAGUGUCCAUGCCACCCAUGCCUGUGGCUUCUGUAGCGCCUUCUGCUUCGAUGCCAGGCAACCACCUCCCACCUCUGUACCUGGACGGCCACGUGUUUGCAAGUCAGCCCCGGCUGGUUCCUCAAACGAUACCUCAGCAGCAGAGUUACCAGCAGGCUGCCACUGCCCAGCAGAUCCCGCUCUCCCUCCACACAUCUCUGCAGGCCCAGGCGCAGCUUGGGCUGAGGGGUGGGCUCCCUGUCUCCCAGUCCCAGGAGAUCUUCAGCUCACUGCAGCCUUUCAGGUCUCAGGUGUACAUGCAUCCCAGCCUGUCACCACCCAGCACUAUGAUCCUCUCUGGGGGCACAGCCUUGAAACCCCCGUACUCUGCGUUUCCUGGCAUACAGCCCUUGGAGAUGGUGAAGCCACAGUCCGGCUCACCCUACCAGCCCAUGAGUAGUAACCAGGCACUGGUCUAUGAGGGCCAGCUCGGCCAAGCUACAGGCUUGGGUACCUCCCAGAUGUUGGAUUCCCAGCUUCCACAGCUCACUAUGCCACUGCCUCGGUAUGGCUCCGGGCAGCAGCCACUGAUCCUGCCACAGUCCAUUCAGCUGCCUCCAGGACAGAGUCUCUCUGUUGGGGCCCCCCGAAGGAUUCCUCCACCUGGCUCCCAACCACCGGUCCUGAACACCAGCAGAGAGUCCGCUCAGAUGGAGCUGAAAGGCUUCCACUUUGCCGACAGUAAACAGAAUGUUCCUUCUGGAGGCUCUGCACCAUCCCCGCAAGCCUACAGGCCUAGCUCUGCUAGCCCCAGUGGGAAGGCCUCUGGAUCAGCAGUUAACAUGGGCUCUGUGCAGGGACACUACGUUCAACAGGAUUCCUUGGUGGGACACACCUCCUACUAUGGAACGGUUUCUGACCCUCUCACCUCCCUAGCACAUGCAAAGCGAGUGGAUGAGAAACCCAGCCUGGGAACCGUGAAGCUGCAGGAGGCCUCCUCAGCCACCUCCCAGAUGAAGCGAACCGGAGCAAUCAAGCCCCGGGCGGUCAAGGUGGAGGAGAGCAAAGCCUGAAGGGGCCUGGCGUCUUUGCCUCACCCUGACAGGGACGGGUGGUGCACCACCGCCAGCCUGGACAGAGCUCUCUCCGCUCCCGAAAGCUCCUGAAAGUUCCAUCGUCAGCCAGCCCGCAUCGUGGAUAUAUGGCCUCGACCUGCUUGCUUUGGUACAAAAGAGCAGACUCCCUCCCCCCCACCCCUCUGCCCAGUGACUGUGGAGUGAGUCUCCUGCGCAGUGCAGACCUGCCCGCCCGCCCCAUCUCCAGGCACAGUGGUUUGGCAGCAGGGUCAUUUUAAUUUUAGCUGGAGGCUUUUUGUUUUAAAAAGCAGCUACGGUUUUUACAAAGGGGAAAGAAGAACAAAAUGCUACGUCUGUAUAGCUGAACUUUUAUACGUUCCUUGCUGUCCUCUCUGCUCUGCUGUCCCCAGUGGUCUCCUUUUAUCUCUGUCCUGUUUGACAUGUCCCAAUGCUACCUUAAGAGGUGAUUCUUAAGAGUGUCCACACACAUACACACACACACAGUUGGCUGACCUUUGGUGUUAUUAAGGAUGUAACUAGUCUAUCUGGUGGCCCCUUACUACCUUCGGUGCCAUAAGGUUGGUAUCUGAGUUCACUUCCAGCCUCUGGCUUGGAGUUGAUGUUUCAGCAUAAGAAUUAUCUGUUCUGGGCCCUUCUGAAGUCAGUGGACACACUGAGUGUUGGGGACCAGAGAGGAAUUGUGGAGUUACAGUCAGCAUUGGCAGAGGCGACCAAACCACAGACCCCAGUAGGGGACUGUGCAUUUGAGGCUCUAUGCCUUAGCCUUCUGAGUGGCCGUGUUCCCCACUUCCUUCCUUUCCUCUCCUGCUGUGUCCCUCUGGAUCCCUGUUUACCCAUCCCUCACAGCUUAUCACCAAAACCAGUAGGACAGAGGUGGACACCUGUUAGAGUUUGCGACAGAAAAAGCUAUGGGACAUUCCUCGUGUCCUUCACUCCCAGUAACAGAGCAGGGUGGGUAGGUUGCCUAGUAACCUAUCCUCAGACAACUGGGCAAGGUCAAGGUACAGUGGCCUGCAGAGAAGCCAGUGAAGCCUUCCUAAAAGGAUGGUUUCUUAGUACUACCCCAUGCAGAAGGUUCCUUGUGAGCGCCUGUGUGCUGGGCUUUCUGCUCUCACUAAGAACAAGGAAAUCAUCCCAUCACUGAAAGAAAAGUGAAGGGGGAUUUCAAGUUGCUCAGAUACUCUUUGGGAUCCCCAAUUAAUCACCCACCUGGGGGUGCUGGAGACCACCUGCCUCAGAACUCACAGUGGUGGCAGGGCUGGGACAAGCCUGUAUUGCCAUGGCUGUGAGAACAGAAGCAUCUUGGGUGCUCCUGUGGGGGCUGCAUCUGCAUGCUGCCUUGCCAGUUGCUGGAAAGAAGCACAGUCUGGGCCCGUCCGCCCGUCCCCAGGGUUACCUGACAGGGCAGGCCUAUGAAAAGCAUCUGUAGCUCUCAGCUCCUCUCCCUUCUUGCCUCUGCCCUCCAGCCUUUAGUCACGCCUUUGUCCCGGCUCUUCCUAAAAAGCACUGCCCACUUAGAGUCCCUGGCACAGAUCUGCCUUGUCCCUCACCUGCUGUCCCUUCACCCUGGAAGUAUCUGGUUACUGUCCCAGUGAUUGAGCCCUCUGUCCCACUGCCAAAUCUCAGUAAACGCCACACACAGUCACCUUUACCUGUCCUUAGAAAUGCGGCUAGACCCACCUCCCCUAAUGCUGGUGGGCGUUAUGUGUCAAAAGAAACAAACGCUUUCUCCUUCAGAAUUUCACAGUCCAGGACGCUGUUACAAACUCAGAAUGUGCCCUUUCAGGAGCCUGCUGUCAGAAUGACGGCACUUCCUGUUUGAGAAGGGAACUUAGGAGGCUGCCUGUUUCCAGUCCUUUCUCUUGCCCUGUUUCCCUCCUGCCUCCCACCCCAAAUAAAAACAAGAAACACUAGAAUUUAUUUAUAUGUAUUGAUGUUGUAGGUCUAGAUGGAACAGAAAAAAGUAAAGUUCCACUGCUCUGUUUAUCUGAUGUCUGCUUGCUCUGUGCAGAGAGGCAGGAAAUUGCAUGUGAAGUUGUGCUCCCGCCUCUGACCUCAGCUGUGGGCUCCUCCCCGCUGAGAUGCACAUCUGCAGCCAGACUCUGGGGACAGGGGGCAGGCUUCAGGCCUCCAGACGUCCCUGCCCUUCGUACGAUCUGGUCAAGCCAAGUUCUUAGUGCAAUAUCUCUUCAUGUGGAUUUUAGCACCAAGCUCAAGGUAUAAUAGGACUUGGGGUCUUAUUUUGGUUUCAACCCCCCUCUUCAGAUCAUAGAUAAAACAUAGGAGUUCUGUCUAGUUACCAUGGCCUUUAUGGGAACAGGCAAAACCCAGCACCUGUCUGCUGAGAUGAGUGGAGGUGGGGCAGAAUUAUUUACUCCUGCCUACUGGAGUUACCUCCUAAUGCUGGUGGCUUUGUUGGGCCACUGAUGGUGCAAUCCCUGCUUGGCAACCAGGAACUCUUCAGUACUGUCGGUCCUGAUGGUGUGUUCAGCUGAAGAUGGCUUCUUAACAGUUGCUUUCCUUGUCUUAUUCCCAAGUUUACCAUUUUCAAAUUCAGAGUUUGCAGAACACUUCUGGGUCUAGAUUCCUUAGGGGGCAAACAAAGAAUGGCUGCAUCACACAUUCUGAAAAGCUGGUUCAUGUCUAGAGCCAUGGUUGCUCUUCUGCUGCUAGAGCUACCAGGACAUCUCUAUCGACAUUACUCUCCUGUCCUCUGGAGCUGUGAUGGCGUCAUGAAUGUUGGACCUCAGAGUUCAGGGCACAAGAGUGCCUGCUGAGGCCAUGAGGCAACUCUGGCUAAGCCCACUUCCCCACCCCCUCCCGACAUCCUUUGGGUCCCCCCUCUGCCAGGUAUUCAGGUUUAUUUGCUCUCAUUUCCAGCGAUGCAAGCCUGGGUUAGAGGGCCUGCUGGGCUUUGUUUACAACCAACGGCACAAAAGUGUGUCUUCCGUUGUAUUCUUUGAUGAGUGGGAAAUGGACACUUCCAGAAAGUCAGCUUUCUUUGUGCGUUGUCUCUGAGACAAGUUAUCUGGAACAGAGCGGCCCUGUGUUGGGGAUGAGCACGUCACCGGCUGUGUUCUCCACUAGGCCCACCAGCUCUGACUGGUGACUUUCCAGGCACGUGACCCCUGCAGCUUCCACCUGCUUCAGACCUGCUUCAUCCCCAGGCCCCCUGUUGGCAUGUCACAGUCCUGGAGCAGCAGUCCUGUGAAGGCUCCGUGCAAGACUCCUCGGUUGUUGAAACGGGUCCUGUGCCCUCAGCUUUCAACCUCAUGCCCUUUGUAGAAAAAGAUUUGGGGGUUUUUGUUCUUUUUGAGGGUCUUUUUUUCUUUUUUUCCUUUUAUUUUGGCCUUUCCUCUGUCUUCACUAAGACCAGAUAUUUGAAAGGGCAGACGAUGUUAAAGGUGUACCGUGCAGCUUGUUUAGACGUGAUUUGGGGAACCUCUUACCUCGGAUGGGGAAUGGAAUGGUGAAUUCACCUUCCCUUCCCUCCGGUUCAGUCCCUGUUGUUUCUCCUUUCAAAUAUGUGAUUGUACUAGCUCUUUCCGUAUGAAAGAACUCUCCUUAUUUAAAUAAAAGAGUAUAAAAAAAUAAAGCCAACCAUGCU